AUGGCGGCGGCGCUGUCCAUCGAUCUGAAGAAACCCAUCGACAAGCGGAUCUAUAAGGGGACGCAGCCCACCUGCCACGACUUCAACCAGUUCACGGCAGCUUCCGAGAGCAUCUCUCUCUUGGUUGGCUUCUCAGCCGGGCAAGUGCAAUACUUGGAUCUGAUCAAGAAAGAUACCAGUAAGCUCUUUAAUGAGGAGAGGCUCAUUGACAAGUCAAAGGUCACCUUUGUGAAGUGGAUCCCCGAAUCGGAGAGCCUCUUCCUGGCCUCCCACGCCAGCGGUCACCUGUACCUAUACAACGUGGAGCAGCCCUGCGUCUCGGCCGCCCCCCAGUACACCCUCCUCAAGCAAGGCGAGGGCUUCACGGUUUACGCCUGUAAGAGCAAGAACGCCCGGAACCCGCUCCUGAAGUGGGCGGUGGGCGAAGGGGCCCUGAACGAGUUCGCCUUCUCGCCCGACGGCCGCUACCUGGCCUGCGUCAGCCAAGACGGUUGCCUGCGCGUCUUCCAUUUCGACUCCAUGCUGCUGCAGGGCAUGAUGAAAAGUUACUUUGGGGGGCUGCUCUGCGUCUGCUGGAGCCCCGACGGACGCUACAUCGUGACGGGGGGCGAAGACGACCUGGUCACGGUUUGGUCCUUUGCAGAGGGCCGGGUCAUCGCCCGGGGCCACGGCCACAAGUCCUGGGUCAACGUGGUGGCUUUCGACCCCUACACCACCAGCAAGGAGGACGACGAGAGUGGGGAGCUGAGCGGCAGCGACGAGGAUCUCCAGGAAACGUCCGAGUUCCGGCGGGUGAGGACCAGCAGCACCCUCUCCCACCUGUCCAAGCACAGUGCCAAAAGCACCCCCUCGGUCACCUACCGAUUUGGGUCCGCUGGGCAGGACACCCAGUUCUGCCUCUGGGACCUGACCGAAGACGUCCUGUACCCCCACCACCUCCUGCCCCGCACCCGAACGCUCACCAACACUUUUGGCGCCGGCAUUCCUCCCUCGGGCAGCGGGGGCAGCAACCUGGCCGCCGAGUCGGGCGGCGGAGGGGGCCCGCUUCCCCGCUCCCUCUCGCGCUCCAACAGCCUGCCGCACCCGGCCGUCACCAGCGCCGCCAAGAGCCACGCGGCCGACGGGACGGUGCCCUUCAGCAUCGGCAAAUUCGCCACCCUCACCCUGCAGGAGCGGCGAGACAAAAACGCGGAGAAAGAGCACAAACGCUACCACAGCCUGGGCAACAUCAGCAAGAGCAGCGACAAGCUGAACGUGGUGCCGAAGAGCAAGCUGGACACGGCCAAGGUCCUGGGCACGGCUCUGUGCCCCCGCAUCCACGAGGUGCCCCUGCUGGAGCCGCUGGUGUGCAAGAAGAUCGCCCACGAGCGGCUGACCGUCCUGCUCUUCCUGGAGGACUGCAUCAUCACCGCCUGCCAGGAGGGGCUGAUCUGCACCUGGGCCAGGCCAGGCAAGGCGACCCUGAAUUCUUACAACGGGGGCUCUCCCAGCGGCACAAUCGUGUAA